AUUUUCCUGACGCGACCUAUAAUUUUUUCUCUAAUUAUAGGUCUGAUUUCUGAAUGAAAACACGACCUAAACUCACCUGACAGUUCACCUGUACAUGCGGGAAUGGGAUGCUGUUGAUGCUACAGCUGUCCCGGAGCAGAUAGUUGGACUGUCGGACGCUGGAGAGUCACUGGAAUGAUGCAAAAUAAACAAUAAUGACUUGAUAUCUCCAGACAAUUCAAGAUACCGUUAGCAAGCUUUGAGAAAUAACACUCACUGUGCACAAAAGGGUUUGGUGAUAUCCAUCAGCAAAACCUUCAUCUUUUACAAAAUCCACGGCCAACAUUAAAACGCGAGCACCAUUUCCGGGCUCGUGACAUCGGCUAUAGUGGAGCGGGACGUCGGUGUGAGGGGCGCGGGGAGCGGAACGGUGUCGGUUGCCAUACCGGGUCUGGUGGACGACAGCAUGGCUGCAGGAAAGGGAGCAGGGAAACCCACCUCCCCGUGGGACAGUAUGCGGAUACGGUUCAUUGUUUGUUUCCUCGGAGUUUUUGUGUGUUACUUUUAUUACGGAAUAUUACAAGAGACGAUCACUCGAGGUGAAUAUGGUCAAGGAGACAAGAAGGAGAAGUUCAGAUUCGCCCGGACGUUGGUCUUCAUCCAGUGCAUUAUCAAUGCUCUGUUUGCUAAGAUCUUGAUCCAGUUUUUUGAGGGCUCAAAACCAGAUCACACCAAGAACUGGCUCUAUGGACUGUGUUCCCUCUCUUAUCUUGGAGCCAUGGUGUCCAGUAACUCUGCCCUUCAAUAUGUCAACUACCCCACACAGGUGCUGGGAAAAUCCUGCAAGCCCAUACCAGUGAUGAUCCUCGGAGUUACAAUACUGAGGAAGAAGUACCCACUGGCUAAAUACCUGUGUGUGCUGCUGAUUGUGAGCGGUGUGGCUCUGUUCCUCUACAAACCCAACAAGAGUUCAGCUGUUGCAGAUGACCAUGUUUUUGGCUUUGGAGAGAUUCUGCUGCUGGUCUCUCUGACAUUGGACGGUUUGACUGGCGUGGCCCAGGACCACAUGAGGGCUCGCUUCCAGACCAGUGCCAACCACAUGAUGCUGAACAUCAACAUGUGGUCCACUCUGGUGCUGGGACUAGCUGUGUUGUGGACAGGGGAGGUGUGGGAGUUCCUGAGUUUUACUGAACGCCACCCCAGCAUCCUCUAUAAUAUUCUUCUCUUUGGACUGACCAGUGCCUUAGGCCAGACCUUCAUCUUUAUGACGGUGGUAUACUUUGGGCCUCUGACCUGCUCCAUCGUCACCACCACGAGGAAGUUCUUCACAAUCCUUGGCUCUGUAAUUCUGUUUGGCAACGUCAUGAGUACAAUGCAGUGGGUUGGCACCAUCCUAGUUUUCCUUGGUCUCGGAUUGGAUGCUAAAUUUGGCAAGACCCCCAAGAAGACGACGCACUAAAACAUCUGGUGCACAGAGAGAGAGACGGAUACAUUGCAAAAUAAAUGCAAACACUCUAUAGCCAGUAUCUUAUUUUCAUAAGACAUCUUGUGCAGGCAUACUGUAUGUGCCUAUGAUUUGUUCAAGUACAGUCAGAUUUUUAACUUAACUGUAUUUAAAAGAGAGUCAUCGUAGUUUUCUGUUGUGUACUGUCGAUAUAAUGAAGAGAAUGUUUUACUAGGGAUCAAAUUAUGAAUGAAUGAAUACUGUAUUUAGACAAGUCCUUAUUGUUUCUGAAACCAGUUCACCUCCCUCAGAUGGAAGAUAAACCAAGCCGAGCCUAAGAAACGCAUUUCAACAUUUAACUCAUGAACUUACCAACAAACAAGGCUUGGUUUACAAACUAUUGCUUGAAUAUGUGUUAUUAUCACAUAUGUAGUUUAUUUUUUGGCAAACAUUUGGCCAAGUAUCAUGCCAUUUAUAAAAUAUAAACGAUUGUAUGUAGCCUGUUGUGUUAUGUCCAAUCUUACAAUUGAAUUGUUUUUACUUUUAUUUUCUACAAGUUUGAAAAUAACUUGCCAUAAAAGGGAAAUUGUGAUAUUUCA